AUGACCAGUCCUGACGUCGCAAGAGACAAAUUCUACGAGGACCUGCAUGCCCUCCUGGCGUCCGUGCCCAAGGCGGAUAAGUUGAUUGUCCUUGGUGACUUCAACACCCGCGUCGGCACGGACCAUGCAGUCUGGAGAGGAUUGCUAAGUCCCUCUGGUCUCAACGGCUACAACGACAAUGGCCUGCUCCUUCUACGAACCUGCGCAGAACACCGCCUCAUCCUGACGAACACCUUCUUCUGUAUGUUGAUGCGAAAGAAGGCCACCUAGAUUCAUCCUGCGUCGCGUCAGUGGCGCAUGCUGGACUAUGUCCUCGUCCAGAUGCGAGAUCAGCGGGACGUGCUGGUGAGAAAGACGACCCCGCGUGCCGACAGGUGGACUGACCAUCUUUCCGUCAACUCCAAGAUGCGGAUUUGUCUACAGCCUCAAAGGAGCCCUCAAGGUAAGUGACCCCCAAGUAAACUGAAUAUCGCCUUGUUGUCUUUGCCCGCUCACCAUCUCCAUUUCAGCAACGAACUAGCUCAAUGGCUAGACAGCCUUCCAGUCGCUGCCGCCACCGCCGCCGCCGCCACUGACGAGAACAACUCCGUGUAG